AUGUUUCCUAUUGAGACGGACAUUGGAAGAAGUAUCCCUACACACGAUGAUAGUAGGGACGAUUCAUCGUCGCAGGAGGAGGAAGACGAGUCCGAGUCUUCAGAUGAGGAAGAAGAGGCGAUACGACGCAGAGAGAUAUUGGAUUCAGUGUCGACUGAACAGGAAGCGUGGAGACAGACAGGGCCUCAGAAUUUCACAUCGGAUGAUCAGCCCGAUGUCGAGCCUCGUGUUGGAGUUCAGCAGCUUGAGGCACGUGACUGGGGGAUUCCAGUCCUCGAUUUUGACGAUGCGCCGGCAUUAGGUUGGGAGGAUUCUAACGUAUUGGAGAGCGGGAUAUUAUCAGUGGGGGCUCUAUUCCGGUCGAAGGAUGAUUUGGCAAUCGCUGUUGGCCUGUACCAUAUGGAGAAUCACGUGGAGUACGCCGUGCAUCGUUCCAGUACGACCCGUUUGUGGUUUGUUUGCAAGCAUGGCAACGGUUGUCCGUUCAUGCUGCGAGCCGUUCAGAGUGCAUCGAUCUGGAGAGUGAUCAAGGUGGUGAUGGAUCAUACCUGCCACACGGAUUUGAAUCGCACUGCCCCGAGACAGAUUCCAGCGAGGGUUGUUGGAAGAUAUUUUGCACGGAAAUUGGUAGGCAAGGGGGUCGUUUUGAAGCCGAAGGAGAUGAUGUCAGAGAUGCAGCGCUUAUUCGGUAUUGAGAUCAAUUACAGCUUCGCUCUCCGUGCAAGAAACAUCGCGAUUGAGAUGACGUAUGGUGAUUUUGGGAACUCGUAUCAGAUGCUCCCAUCGUAUUUGUAUAUGCUGAGAAUGAGUAAUCCCGGCACAUUAUACGACCUUGAGAUGAAGGAUGAUGGCAAGUUCCAUCAUAUGUUUGUUGCACUUGGACAGAGCGUGGCUGCCUUUGAGAAGGGUUACUUGAGGCCGGUCAUCGUCGUAGACGGGACCUAUCUGAAGGGAAGGAACGGCGACAUUUUGUUCGUCGCUGUUACAAAGGAUGGGAACGAAGCAAUAUUUUCUCUCGCAGUUGGGCUUGGUCCUAUCGAGAACGACGAGUCUUGGACUUGGUUCUUCCACCGACUGCGGACUUGCUUUGGUCAGCCGGAUGAUCUCUUGAUUGUGUCUGAUCAGCACAAGAGCAUCAGAAAUGCUGUGGAGUGUGUCUACCCGAACGUCCCUCACGGGUUGUGCUAUUACCAUAUCCAGAAGAAUCUCGCGCAUUAUGGGCAGCAUGUAGCUACAGUCUUCAAAGCAGCGGCAUAUUCCUAUCGAUCAGACGAUUUUCAAAGGAAUUUUUCUGCGCUUCAAUUACUGAAAGUCAACGCGCACACACGCCUCGACACUAUUGGUGUGGAGAGAUGGGCCAGGUCCAAGUGCCCUGUACGACGCACGAGCUUCAUGACGUCGAAUGCUGCUGAGACGAUGAACAGCGACGCAUCUCAGUUGCAUCGAGGUCACAUGAGUUGA